AUGACGUCGGGGCUCCUCCUAUGCAUCAAGCAGUUCAACGCUCGUUUGGGAGACGAGUUGAAUCUCGCUGUGGGCGACAAGAUCGAAGUGCUAGCCGACGACUCUGAGUAUAACGACGGGUGGUACAUGGGCAAGAGCGUGAAUAGCGGCAAAGUUGGAUUGUUUCCCAAGCUGUUCACAAAGCCAGUGGCAGAGCAGCCUCUGGAACCCACCUUGUUGAGGUCACGUUCUCGGAGAGUGCCUCUGGGGCCAAAAGCUGGCGAAAAGGCAGCAGCAACAACAACGACCCUGUCGAAUAAGGACUCUUCAAACGUGGGUUCGAGGCUUGCGUCUCUGGAAGCUCCUCAGCCUUCAAACGAUGUAAACAUGACGAUGAGCGAGAUCGAUAAGGCGUUGGAAGAACUUCAGGUGCCCACGUCUACGUCUACGCGUGAAACUACCAAAGAUAAUAUAAAAGAACAGGAGCCCGUGCAACCCGUGAAGGAGGAGACUUCGUCAAGCCGUGGCCAUAACCGUAAUGUUUCUACCCUGUCCCUCACCACUGACUUGAACCCCUUACAAGCAGCAGAGUGGACACCAAAACAGGUGUCUUCCUACUUUGCCAUUGUCUUGGGUUUCGAUAUGAGCGUGGCUGGCAAGUUUGCUCGUCACAAGAUCACAGGAGAGAUCUUGUUCCAGCUCGAUUUGGCCCAUCUCAAGGAACUAGACAUUGACUCCUUCGGAACUCGUUUCGAGGUGUACAAAGAAAUUGAAAAGCUCAAGGAGAUGGCCAACAGAGCCCAAGGCACAAAACUGUCGUCUGGAAGCCGCAAGCCAUCCGAGCAAAAGACUGCUCCUGUUGCAGCACCUGCUCCAACUCGUGAUUUUGAAUCUGAAGAAAGAAAUCCUACUCCUUACAACAACUCCGAUGACGAAUCUGUUGACAAGCCACUGAGCAAGCAAGCUCAUUAUGAACGCGAGCCAAGGAGUGCUUCAACACUUCUCCCUGCCCCUACUUUCAAUCCUUAUUCUCAGAAUGGUGGGAAGACAAGAGCUGCGUCUGCCAAAACCCCCCAUGGUCACUCCAGAACGAGGUCCCAGUCUAUGGAAAAUUUGCUGGCUUUGAAUACCCCCAAGACUGAUUCCUCCUUUAUGUCCCCAAGAAAGGCACCCGAGCCUCCAGGAACAAUGAGUCCUAUCAACAAGAACUUCAAGUUCGGUGGUAGCUCAGCUGUGCCUCAGAGUAACGACUCCUCUGCCAACAACUUCUAUAUGACUAGAACAAACGCGUCCUCUGGAAUGAUCAACAGCCCUGGUGGCCCCUCCCGACCUGCCUCUUCUAUCUACGACGCAUCCGCUGCUCAAGGUCAUCAUAGAACUACUUCUUCGAAUAAGAAUGACUUGGCUCAUAGAAGACACUCCUCCCUUUUCUCAUUCAUGUCCGGGAAUGGUAAUGACGAGGAGCCUGUCAAGAAGGACAAAUUACAGAGUCAGAACUUGACGAAGGGUCUCGCUAGUCCUACGAAGAGCAAGCGUGCCUCGAGAUUAUUUGAGAAGUCUCUGACUACCCCUGACUCCACUGAUAUUCCAGACAUUGAUGAUGUCAAUUUCUCGCCCAAGAAGGGCAAAGAUGGCACCCCCAAGGACGAGAAACGUAAUGGCAGAUUGAAGAGUUUGCGUUCGGUGUCCACCUCCAACUUCCGUGGUCUCACGGGCUCUAGAAAGCUGAAGACAUCUGCUUUUCAGGAGGGUAUCAGGGACAUUACCCCAGACGAGGCAAUCAAAACAUCUAACUUCAGUGGCUGGAUGUCCAAAAAGUCUGGCAGCACUUUGGGAUGGAGGUCGCGCUAUUUCACCCUUCAUGGCACUCGUCUAUCAUAUUUUACCAACUUGCGUGAUAAGCGUGAGAAGGGUCUCAUCGAUAUUACAGCUCAUAAAGUGAUACCUAUCAGUACUGAUGGUGAUAGUUCGAGCAGUAAUGACAAGUACAUUGCUCUUUACGCUGCGCUGACGGGUCUUGGUAGAUUCUGCUUCAAGCUUGUGCCACCUGCUCCUGGCUUCAAGAAGGGCUUGACAUUCACUCAGCCCAAGACUCAUUACUUUGCGGUAGAAACUCAGGAAGAGAUGAAGGGUUGGUUAAAGGCGCUAAUGACUGCCACGAUCGACAUUGAUGACAGCGUUCCUGUUGUUAGUAGUUGUAACACACCUACGGUGUCGUUAGCUAAAGCGCAGGAACUCCUUGCAAAAGCAAGAGAAGAAAAUAAACUAAGGGAUGAGGAGCUUAGAGCUAAAGGAUUCAUAAGGGACGGUGAGGUCCUUGAAGAUAUGACCAACUCUACCACCUUAUAUAACGACAGCGCCACAUCAGAAGAGGCGUCUCCCGUUGUUGGGUACAUGGAUGAAACCACUAUCUCGUCCAGCAAUAUUAGCACUGGUCCUCCAAAGCUCACUGUUGACACAUCGAGCACUAAGAACAAGCGUGGCCCCACCACACCCCAGUUGCUGCUGCUGCAGGGUUUCUCUUCGCCAUACCUUCUAGCAUCUGGGAUUCUUUCGCCGAAGCACGGCGGUUCAUCAGCGGGGAGUACGCCUAACACUACCAAGUCAGGAAGGAAGGAUUAUUUUCCUGAAAUGAAGACACCAGAUGCAAACAAGCUGGAAAGCUCGCUUGAACCGCAGCCAGUGUUCAGCAAUAGCAACGGACGGGUAUUGAGCGGAAGCAAAAAGAAGGACAAGUCUGAGAAACUUAUGGCCUAUACGAGUGAUGGAUCAUUUGUGAUCAAAUCUAAGAAGUAA